CAACAGAAAUGAAAAAUAGUACUUUGAUGUCUAGUUUUACCCGAGGUGCUUGUGUAAAAUCGCCUGUUUUCCUGUAGGGGGCGCUUUUCUAUAAACCCCGUGAGCAUUUUCCGACUGCAGUAGUCUCUCCGGUAGUCGCUGCUGUCGCAGUUAGUAAGUGAAGAGUACAAAAAAAAAAGUUAGGACUAUCUGUUUACUGGAAUUAGGUGAGAUUAGGAAGAGAAGAAUGCCAUACCUGAAGCAGGUUUUUAUUUUAGCCGUUAUGCGGUGGUUUGUGUGGUGUGAGACAGAAGCAGCACAAAGCCGGAAAAUGUAUUGCACGUUUAAGGAGAAGACCUACAGCCCAGGAGACAGCUGGCAUCCUUAUCUAGAGCCGUUUGGGUUCAUGUUCUGCAUGCGCUGUGCUUGCACUGAAUCUGGCCAUGUGAAAUGUAACCCCAUCAAAUGCCCGACUCUGCGCUGUGACAAUCCAGUGACCGACUCACAGCAGUGCUGCCCACGCUGUGCAGAUGAACAGAGGCCCCCUGCAGGUUUGAGGGCUCCCGUUAAAACCUGUCGCUACAAUGGAACCACAUACCAAAUGGGCGAGACCUUCACUAAUCACGAUCUGUUCCCAUCCCGACAGUCCAACCAGUGUGUUAUGUGCACAUGCUCUGGUGGAAAUAUUUUUUGUGCACUGAAAACCUGUCAACCCAUCACAUGCUCUUCACCCAUCUCUGUUCCAGAUACAUGCUGCUUUGUUUGCAAAGAGGGUCCACCUGACAAUUCACAUGACGAUGGAGGGCAGCAACUGAACCGAGGAGUAAGGCAUUCUGUAGAUCAGUGCACAGGAGAGCAGGUGAAGAACCGGGUCACACGAGUUACACCGGCCGCACUCAGAGGCUCACCGAGAGGCCUUAACCUACAAACACUGCAGCUUAAAGGAGCGGCUGAUACCACAGUGAAGAUCCUCUUACAGCGCAAACACCAGAGAGCUUGCAUGUACAGUGGGAAGACCUACUCCCAUGGUGACGUGUGGCACCCUGUGCUGGGGAAGGUUCUGGAGUGCAUCCUGUGCACCUGCAGAGAUGGCCUUCAGGAGUGCAAACGCCUCACCUGCCCCAACCAGUACCCAUGCAAACACCCCAUGAAGAUAGAAGGAAAAUGCUGUAAAAUUUGCCCAGAGAGUAAGACUGAGAACAAUAGGACAGAGUGUUAUCUGGGACAGGACAAUAACAGUCUUCUGGUGUAUAAAGUCGAAUCUUCAUCUGCUGCUCAUGAGGAAGACACAGUGCGAAAAAUCGCCAUUGAGAGACAAGGAGCCACAGAGGUUGAGGUGCAAGUAUGGAAAACAGUAGACGGGGUACUUCAUUUGAUGGAAACCGGUGAUGUUCAAAAAAAGGACCUUAUAGAGCAUCCAGAGAAUUAUAUUCUACUGACUACAUUAGAUGAGGAUGCUUGGAGAAAGUUCAAAGAGGAAGAAGACAAAGAGAAAGACAUCAGUAGGAACAGGACGUGUGAAGAUGGCAUUAAAGAGGUAGUGAAGUACUUAAACCCUGAUCAGCUGGACAUUCUUUGCACGUCUUAGUCCUCCGAGUGUCCUCUCUGGUCUGGAACAGCAUAUCAGCUCAGCAUCCAACACUUUCUUUUAUUAUCAGAACACAAAACAGAACACACACAUUGUGUUUUAGUGGAAAAACAGAGACCGGCAGAAGAACUUUGCUGUCCCAUAUGAGAUGUAGCUUUUGUAGAGGCCUUGAACUGGAGUGAAGUCAAUAGUGUCAUUUUGUCAAAAUACAGAAGGGAACGUAAACACAUACAGAUGUCUCAGUUCUGAAGCAAGAAAGGGAAGUAUGGAAAUAUUGCUUUUUAUUAAGGAAAAACUUGUGGAUGUGAUUCAAACAAAGCAAUCACUGUAUUUGUACAGUAAUUAAAGAGAAGUAUAAGUAGGAAUGUAAGCAGAUUAUUGGCCAGGAUGCUUUUAUAAAGUUGAUGUAGGCCACUUUUUUUUUUUUAUCAUUGUCAUUAGUUAUACACCCAUUAAAUAAUUUUAAUACUAAAAAGAA